GAGAGUUUUCCAAGGCCCAGAUUACAAGUUCAUGUUAUUUACAAUCUCAAAAAGCUUCCAUACAAGUUGUGCUAGCCUAGCUACUUGCAAAAUCUUGGAAUAUUUUACUUCAUCCAAAUCCCUUGCAGUCUGUCUGCAGAGAAGAGAAAAGAUGGCUUUGAUCGGAGAGGCUCUUAUCUCUGCUUCCGUCCAGGUGUUGUGUGACAGAAUUACUUCAAGCGAGUUCGUCGACUUAUUUCGGCAGAAGAAACUGGACGAACCACUCCUCAUGAACUUGAAGACGACACUGUUGACUUUGUUCGUGGUGCUCAAUGAUGCAGAGGAGAAGCAACUUGUGAACCCUGCUGUGAGAGAGUGGCUUAACGAGCUCAAGCAUGCUGUCUUUGAUGCAGAGGACUUACUGGAUGAGAUCGACACUGAAGCUUUGCGAUGCAAGCUGGGAGGUGAGGAUCAAACCCACAAAUUAACCAAUAAGAAAAUUGCUCUUGGCCUGGGAGAAGUUGCUAGGAGGAAGGUUUCACAUAGAACUCCAACAACUUCCUUGGUUCAUGAACCUUGUGUAUAUGGUAGAGAUGAAGUCCAAGAAAAUUUAUCAAAAGUGUUGCUAUCUGAUGAUGCAAGCAAGGAUGAUGUGUCUGUCCUCACCAUUGUUGGAAUGGGUGGGGUUGGCAAGACAACCCUUGCUCGAAUGCUUUACAACAACAAUAAGGUGAAAGGGCAUUUUACACUUCAAGCUUGGGCUUGUGUUUCAGAAGACUAUAAUGCUUUUAGAAUAACUAAAACUAUUCUUGAGUCAGUCACUUCAAAGCCUUGUAAUACGACGGAUCUGAAUUUGCUUCAAGUUGAAUUAAGAGAGCAGUUGAGGGGAAAGAAAUUUUUAUUUGUGUUGGAUGAUCUAUGGAAUGAAAAUUAUGGUGAUUGGGAGCGCCUCCAAACUCCUUUUAAUUCAGGGGCCAGGGGAAGUAAAGUCAUUAUAACAACACGGAACAAAAAUGUAGCAUCUUUAAUGAAAAAUGUUCCCAUUCAAUUCUUGGAACCAUUGUCGCAUGAAGAUUGCUGGUUGUUACUUGCGAAACAUGCGUUUGGAAAUGUAAACUGUAGUGAACAUCCAAGCUUGGAAGAAAUCGGCAUGAAAAUUGCACGCAAGUGCAAAGGGUUGCCUUUAGCUGCACAAACACUUGGGGGUUUGUUACGUUGCAAUAUAGAUUCUGAGGAGUGGAAUAGAAUACUAAAUAGUAAUAUUUGGUACCUACCCUAUGGUACAACUGACAUUCUUCCGGCUCUAUGGUUGAGUUAUCAUUAUCUCCCCGCUCAAUUAAAACGAUGCUUUGUUUAUUGUUCAGUUUUUCCAAAGGAUUAUGAGUUUAAAAAGGAAGAUGUAGUUCAAUUAUGGAUGGCAGAAGGCUUAGUUACUCAAGUUGAUAAUGGGAUGAUUAUGGAAUCAAUGGCUAGAAAAUACUUUGAUGAGCUAUUAUCUCGGUCACUGUUUCAAAAGUCAAGAGAACUCAGUUUCACAAUGCAUGACCUCAUUCAUGACUUGGCUAUGUUCAUCUCUAAGGGGUUUUGCCUUAGGCUGGAAGGGGUGGAAUCGCGUGAAGUUAAAAGAGCUCAUCAUUUGUCAUAUGCUAGGGGAGAAUUUGAUGCUGCUCCAAGAUUUGAACCAUUAUAUGAGGCUAAAUGUUUGCGGACCUUCCUACCUACCUCUUUAAAUCCAUAUAGCUCUUAUGAAAGAUUUUCUGUAAGUAAAAAAGUUCUACAAGAUUUGUUGCCAUCACUAAGAUGUUUACGGGUGUUAUCAUUGUCACGUUAUCAAAAUGUUACUGUGUUACCUGAUUCUAUUGCAAACCUCAUUCACUUGCGCUACUUGGAUCUUUCCCAUACCGCAAUUAAAAGGUUACCUGGGGUACUUUGCAAUCUCUACAACUUGCAGACAUUACUAUUGUCAAAUUGUUCCUCACUUCGUGAAUUGCCUGCAGACAUUAGAAAAUUGAUUAAUUUACAGAAAUUGACAUUGGGCGGUUGUAGUUCUCUUAAUAAAUUGCCUACAGGCAUGAAGGAGUUGACUAAUUUGCAUCAUCUUGAUGUCAGUGGAACUAAAAUUGAAGAGAUGCCGGUGCAAAUGGGUAGAUUGAAAAGUUUGAGAACAUUGACUGCAUUUGUUGUGGGCAAAUCUACUGGGUUCGGCAUAAGAGAACUGAGGGAGUUCCCACAACUUCGAGGAAAACUAUCAAUUUUGAAGCUACAAAAUGUAGUUGAUGCGAGGGAUGCACUGCACGCCAAUAUGAAGCACAAGAAAGAUCUCAAGGAGUUAAAGUUUUCAUGGGGUGCGGAGGAUGCUGAUGAUUCCCAAAAGGAGAAAGAUGUACUCGACAAGCUCCAGCCUUGCGUGAAUUUGGAGAAAUUAACCAUCAAAUUCUAUGGUGGAACCAAUUUUCCGAAUUGGUUAGGAGACUCGUCUUUUUCUAACAUACAAGUCAUGCAUCUCAGUGACUGUAGUUAUUGUUGGUUGCUCCCACCAGUUGGACGGCUACCGGCACUCAAAGAGCUCUGUAUAAAAAGAAUGAAGUCUUUGAGGACGAUUGGCGUUGAAUUCUAUGGCAGAGAUGGAGCUUAUCUGACUCAGCCAUUUCGAUCUCUGGAGAAGCUAGAGUUUAGGGAGAUGCCGGAGUGGGAGGAAUGGGUACCAAGUGGAAGUGCAAGUGGAGGUGAAUAUGGUCCAGACUUUCCUCGUCUCCAGGAGUUGAUUCUAAACCAGUGUCCGAAGCUUAGAGGAAGUUUGCCUUGUGAGCUGCCUUGCUUGAAGAAUCUUACGGUGUAUGGGUGUGAGGUUUUACAUGAUGGAAGGGCCACUACCACAACUACCAAUAGUCUUAACUAUAAAUCUCUUGAAGAAUUGGAUAUAAGUGGUGGAUGCCAAACUCUGUUAUCAUUAUUAGAGACAAAGCUCCUGUCCCGACUUGAGAUUGAAAAUGUUGUUGACGUACAGUGCUUGCCCAACUGCAAUCGUCUUCAACAUUUGACUCUUUGGAAUUGUCCAACGCUGUCAUCGUUUCCCAAAGAUGGCCUACCCACUACAUUGACAUCACUUGAUAUAUACAAUUGUAGGAAAUUAGAAUUCCUACCUCAUGAGAUGUUGGCCAAAUUAACAUCGCUUGACUAUUUGGGGAUAGAGAAAAGCUGUGAUUCAAUGAGGUCCUUCCCGUUGAACAUUUUUCCCAAAUUGACGACGCUUCAAAUUUUUCAAUGUGAGAAUCUGGAAUCCCUUUCCUUGAUUGAAGAAGAAGGAGCUGUUGAGAAUCUCACCCAUCUCAAUGACUUGACAGUCUAUAACAGUCCAAAAAUGGAGUGUUUUCACGAGGGAGAAUUGCCCGCUCCCAACCUGCGUGGCUUUGACGUCCGUGGUUGCAAGAAUUUGAAGUCAUUGCCCGAACGCCUUCACACCCUCACUGCCCUUCGAUCUUUGUCGAUAUGGAAUCUUCCGAAUCUGGAGUCAUUUGCAGAAGAUGGGGGUUUGCCUCCCAACCUCCGAUCUUUUAGCAUUGGGAAUUGUAAGAGACUGAGGGCUUCAUCAGUGGGAGAGUACUGGGGUUUGCAAGCACUUGACUCCCUUGAGAUCGGUGGAAGUGACCAUGUCUUGGAGACGUUGCUGCUCCCUACCACUCUUCACACUCUCCGCAUCUAUUCUCUAUCAACUCUGAAAUCUUUGGACGGAAAGGGUCUUGGACACCUCACUUCUCUUCAAGGGCUACACAUUGACAGCUGUCCCAGUCUGGAAUUCCUGCCAGGAGAGGAACUUCAACACCUCACUUCUCUUCAAACUCUAAUUAUUAGUUCGUGUGACAGUCUCCAAUGCCUGCCAGAAGAGGGUUUGCCGCCAUCUCUUUCUCAUCUGAGUAUCCGCCGGUGUCCUGCCCUGGAGAAAAGGUAUAAGAAUAAGACGGGACAAGAUUGGGCCAAGAUAUCUCACAUUCCUUGCAUCAAGAUAGGCAACGAAGUGAUCAUAUAAUAUGAGCUAUUCCAUAUUUCACGCUCAACCCUCAACUCUCAAAUCAAAGUCAGGUGAGUCUUUUUGCAGGACGACAUACCUUCUCUUGGCCCUUGGGGAGCUUUUCAAAAUUUGCAAGGUUUCUUUAUGUGGCAUUUCCAGAGGAGGGUCACAGGGCGGAGAAACAGAAAAGGUUUACCUGGAAUAUCUCAUACAUUCCUGCAUAUAGGCAUCAAAUGUACACCAUUUUUAGAAGCCUACUUUUGCCAGAGUCAGUAGAUGCCAGAAUGAAGUCAUUGCCUAAACACAUUGGCACCCUCACAGCCUUCGACAUUUUGGGAUAUAUGAUCUUCAAAAUCUUGUGUCAUUUGCCUCCCAAGCUGCAAUAUUUUCAUAUUUUAAAUUGUGACAGACUGAGCCCUUUGGUGGGAGAUUACUGGGGUUUGCAAGGACUUGGUGGCAAUAUCUUGUGGACGUUUCUCAAGGAACAGCUGCUCAAUACCACUCUUCGCACUCUAUAUAUUAUGGCCUGUCAGUCUAUAAUUCCUGCCAGGAGAGGAACUUGAACGCCUCUCUUCACUGCAAAGGCUACAUAUUUGUGGGUGUGACAAUAUCCAAUUCCUGCCAGAAGAGCGUUUGCUGCCAUCUCUUUCUUAUCUGUGCAUCGACCAUUGUUUUGCCAUGUAGAAAAGGUAUCUCACAUUCCUUGCGUCAAGAUAGGUGAAGAAGUGAUCAUAGGAUAUGAGCUCUCUCUCCCUCUCGCUCACAUACAAAUCUUUUCGCAGGACAACAUAUCUUCUCUUGGAGAGAUAUUCAUUUGCAAGGUUUCUUUAUGUGUCAUUUCCAGAGGAGGGUUUACUAUUUAAUAGAAAGGUUCACCUGGAAUAUCUCAACUGACACAUUCCCAAAUACAGGCAUUGAAUGCACAACAUUUUGAGGUUUUACUUAUCUUGAACUGCAGAAGCCUACUUUUUGACAUAGGUGGCAUGGCGCAAACUCGCAUCCGCAUUUCCUUCCCCAUUGGCAUGCUGUCUCAUCUUUUCUAUUCUGUUACCAGCUUGAAGCUUGUGUAGACAUGUUAUGCUCUUGUAAUUCUGAUCACAAACAUCACUUGACAAAUGGAAAGUCACAAUCAGAUCUUUCAGGAACAGACCAAACACGUUCAUACGUGGCAUUGCUCAAGUCAUCAUCAUUCGGGACAGAGAAUAAGCCUUCAAAUGUCUGCUGAGUCAUGAACCUUUCUAGAUAUCUCAAGUGUAAUGGAAAUUGAUGAGUUACAAAGGAUUUGUAAACAUUUUCUACUGGAGGCUAGAAAUGCUUCAAAUAAAUGACUCUGUUGAGAUUAUUUUGUAGGAUCAAAGACUCUGCAAAGAGUUUGUUGAUCUUGGGCAAGUGGAGAGAGAGGCGUCAAGUGAUACACAACAACCAUUUUCUGUGAGCUGAUUUGAUAAAGAGAAAUGGUAUGCUUUCUUGUCUUAAGCUGUGUGUUCUGCAAUUAUUUGAAACAAAGAGUGCCGCGCUUCAAGUUCGAGAAAAACAGGAAAAAAUGGCAGCAGCUUUGAUUGGAGAGGCUCUCAUCUCUGCUUCUAUCGAGGUGUUGUGUGACAGAGUUACUUCAGCCGAGUUCAUAGACUUAUUUCACCAGAAGAAACUUGAUGAAACACUCCUCAUGAACCUGAAGACGACACUGUUGAUUUUGUUUGCGGUGCUCAGUGAUGCAGAGGAGAAGCAAACUGUGAACCCUGCUGUGAGAGAGUGGCUUAACAGCUCAAGCAUGCUGUCUUUGAUGCAGAGGACUUACUUGAUGAGAUUGACACUGAAGCAUUGCGAUGCAAGCUGGAAGGAACAGACCAAAUAUGUUCACACGUGGCAUCGUUCAAGUCAUCAUCAUUUCAGACAAAAUCAGCCUUCAAGUGUCUGCUGAGUCAAUGAACCUUUCUAGAUAUAUCAAGUGCAAUGGAAAUUCAAGAGUUACAUAGAGAUUUGUAAACAUUUUGAAGAUUGCAACACCUGCAAGUGAGAUAGGUGGUGACGAAAUCAGAGCUGAUCUUGAAGCCUCUGAUGCCCCCCCUUGUUGCAAGUUGCACCUGAGAACGUGUUUUUUUUUGGGUAAAAAACCGGAAACAUGUUCGGGGCUGGCAAUUCAAUCCCUGAUGAACUUGAGAAGCAAAGCUCCAGUAAGGAAAUUGGUCGAGGUCAUGACAGGGAUAAUUGAUGGUGAAAUGGAUGCUAUUUCUUAUUGCAGCCUGUUCUCAAAGUUCUUGUUGGCAAAAGCAAGAGAUGGAGUAUUUUGAUUGGGAGGAGAGAUAAUGACAUGUGUUGACAAUUCUAGAACAGCCCAUCUGAGUUCUUUUGUCAGGCUGCAUCAUUUAAUCCCAGCAAAAAUCCAGUUUUUGCUAAACAAUCAAAUUGUACACAUUUUUUCUUUUCGAGGAAUUUAACAUUACACAUUUUUUCAUUUUUUCAUCAAACAGUUUUCUAAUGCAUUUGUUGUAACAAGUUACAAUCAGGAAUUUGGAUUGAGUUUCUUGUGUUAAUAACAUUACACUUUCAUGGAA